UCAUGGCUACAGGUAGUCUUAUCGUAGUGCUGUACUGCUCGGUUCUUAUUCUUAAACGCGAACGUUUUCUACGCAGUUUGAUUUGUAAACCGGUUAUAUUAACAGUACUUGAAUACUUUGUGACUUUUUGUGUGUUUGCAUAGUGUCUUUUGUGAGAUUAUUCCAAUGUUUUGGAAAUAAACUUUUGUGAUUCAAGACAUAACUUACAAGAUUUGGAUUUAUUAUAACUUGUUUAAGAUAUAUUUCUAAAUAGAUACAUACCUACUCAAAAUGGGCACAGAUCUUAUACUUACUCGAAUGGCAAAAUAUGACUUCACAGCACCAAUUGAUGUUGAAUUUUUUGAAGAAAUGGAUGAUAAAAAUUCAAUAGAAAUUAAAAACACAGACCCAAACAAAAAUAACGAUUGUGAUGACGAUGUAAUAUAUGUUUGUGAAUUGCCGACAAAUAGUACUGAAAAUAACAAGAAAAAUUCUAAUGAAGUGUUAUCUAAUAAUACAGAAAAUAAUAAUGUAUAUGAUAACAUUAAUACAAAAAAAAAAGAUAAUUGUGAGAAAGAUAUUCACCUUAAACAAAUACUUCUUAAUCAAGCAACCAUGAUACCCACAAUCCAAAAUCAGAAUCAUGUUCAUAUGAAUCACAGGUUAUCUGGUACAAUGAAAAGUACAGAAUUGGACAAAACUAAAGACCCAUUAAAUACAGUAUCUGAGUGUUUAAUAAAUAUUAUGAACGCUUACAUUCGUCAUGUACAUAUAAGAUAUAAUCAACAAAAUACAGCCUCUACAAUUGAAGAAUCAAAGAAACACUAUUUACAUAUCAAAUAUAAAUUAUUUAAAAUUUGUCAUGACAUAGUGCUCUCUAAAAUUGUACCAGAAGAAAAUAAUAAAACUUUUAUAGAAAAAUUCUUGAAUAAUACUAUCUCAUUUUUAUCUGAUAAAAUUAACAGGAUUAAAAUCUGUUACAUAAGAACAAUUUUUCGCGAAAUGUUAUUUUGGGCAAAGAACAACAAAGCACCCACAGUUGCUUAUGGUAAAAAUUAUCCAUUUACGUUACUACAACAGCUAACAAGCCCACCGAAGGCGGUAAGUUUCGGAGGUUCAAACACAAUUCAUUCUCCGCAAAUAAAUACAAAUAGUGCAUCAUCACCAUCAUGCCUAUUUACAUUUGGUCCACCUGGAAGAGAAAUCAGGAUUAAUACAUUAAAAGAAAUAUACUCCAACAAUGGUAGAGAACAUAUUAGUUCCAACCAUGUACCUACUGUUAAUGGAACUAAUACAGAUUACCAGACUCAAAGUACAACAAACACCCUCUAUAAUAACCAGACUCCAAAUGGAAUACAAUCUAGCGAAAAUAUGGUCACCAGUAAUUUUCAAUUAGAAAACCACAACAAUAUAACAAAUAUGUACAAUCAAGGUCCUCCGCCUAAUUAUUAUACUGCUAUGUAUCAAAAGAAUUCAGCUCUUAAUAAUAGUGCAAUAUGUAAUCAGCGCCUCAGCUACCCUAAUGUUAGUACCAUAAUUGAAAACAAGGUGCCCAAUGAGACAUGUAUUAUACAAUAUAAAGACAAAUCGAACGAAACUUCCCAAAAUUCUCCAAACAGACAUCUUCGCCAAACUAACAGUUUUACUUCCCACCAUCCAGCAAAAAGAGCCCGACAUUCUUCACUGUAUAAUGAUUCAAGACCUAUUAAUACAGAUCAUGAUCUAGAAAAUAAUUCGAGACUACGUAAUGUACAGACAGCACCACCGAGAUAUGAAAUAAAUUUACAAAACCAGAUCCAGACACAAAAUAAUAAUGGUACUCAGAACAAACAUCAUUUUAAUGUUUCUUCCAAUGAAUCGGUGAUGUUUAAUAAUGAAAUGGGUACUACGUAUUGCACGGUAGAUAUACUGAAUACUCUUCUCGAGCUAGAAGAUCAAACAGAAAAUUUACAUUUUGAUACAGGAAGAUGUUGCGUAUGUAAUAAAAUAACAAAAACCAUGUGUUCAGCCUGUUACAACAGAUAUUACUGCAGUUUAGAGUGCCAGCGUUCUGACUGGAGAUUCCACAAAACAAAUUGUCUGAAAUAAACAAUUCCAAAAAGUUAAUCAGUGAAAUAUAUUUCUAACGUUAUUAUUA